GGAUCCGGAGUACUACGGCAGCCAUAUUGUUUGUUUUGAUGCCAAAGUGAUCGACCGGUGUUGAGAAAAAUUCUCAAAAAUGAGUGUUUUUACACUUAAGGACGUUAAAACCGUGCCGGAUAUUGUUCAUGAAUACUCACCCAGCUACAAGGGUACAUCAGUACCUCUGGUUAUUGACAAUGGAUCUUACCAAUGCCGUGCUGGAUGGGCCUGUGAUGAUCAACCAAGGCUGGUAUUUCGCAAUCUAAUAGCUAAGCCACGGAAGGACAGGAACAAAAAGGAUGGAGAGAUACCAGUGACGCCAGUUGUGCAGAUUGGAAACGACAUUGUGAACAUUGAAGCCCUGAGAUUUCAAUUGAGAACACAAUUUGAUAGGAAUGUUGUAACGCAUUUUCACAUCCAGGAACAAAUCUUUGACUACAUCUUCAAGCAUCUGGGAAUUGAUACGGAGGGUCAAGUCGAACAUCCCAUCGUUCUCACUGAGUGCUUUGUCAAUCCCAACAGCUGCAGACAUUUGAUGUCCGAGCUACUCUUUGAAUGCUACGAUGUCCCUUCUGUCUGCUAUGGGGUUGAUUCUCUGUUCAGUUUGAGAGAGAAUCAGCCCAGUGUGGAAUAUGCCCUUGUCAUCUCCAUUGGCCAUCACACUAUUCACGUCAUUCCCGUGGUUAAGGGUUUGGCUGUACCGGCCAAGACUCGUCGAAUUAAUCUUGGAGGUUUCAAUAUUCUGGCCUUCCUCCAUCGAAUCCUACAGCUCAAGUAUCCAGUUCAUGUGAAUGCAAUAACUCUGAGCCGAGCUGAGGAACUUCUCCAUGAUCACUGCUCAAUUGCCUGUGACUACUUCGAGACCCUGAAGAAUUGGGCAUGUUUGGACUUCUAUGAGAGCAAUGUGCGUAAGAUACAGCUGCCCUUCAAUCAAGCCGGCAUAAGUGCAUGGCUCUUGACGUCUGAGCAGCGGAUGGAGAAGAAACGUGAACUAGCCAGGCGUCUGGUGGAAUUAAAUGCCAGACGACGAGAGGAACAACAGGCUGAGGAUGAAGAACUGUUGACACGUCUGUUGGAGAUUAAGGAGCUCUAUCGUGAAGACCGAGAGGAAUUUGAUUACGCCUUGUUGGAAUUUCAAGUGAAGGGAAUUCAGGAGCUGCACAAAAUGAUCCGAACACUUACGGCAAAAAUUGAGAGGACGAAGCAAAGGGUCUUAGCGCAGCAAGAGGCUGCAGUGGCAACAGCAGCUGAGGAAAAAGUGCCACAUCCUCCUCCAGGACUUACAGUGGAGGAAUGGGUGAAGCAGGUGAAUCAACAACGGAAGACACUUCUGGACAAGCGUCAAGCACGUCGGCAGAGACGUCAAGAUUUGGCCAAGAGACAUACAGCAGCCGCCCAGGAGCGUAUGAGGAUCAUAUCACUGCUGGCGAGGAAAGAAAAGGGUACUGAUGAUUUUGGGAUGCGUGAUGAAGAUUGGGAUAUCUACAAGACCAUCAGCCGCGAAGGGGGAGAUUCCGACAGUGAAGUGGAGAAUGAGAAACUUGUGGAAUAUGAGGAGAUUCUCCGUCAUCAUGAUCCCACAUUUACCAUUGAAGAGCCACAGAAUUCUCACAGUGGAACAGCCGAGUAUCAUCAAUUGCAUUUGGGAGUUGAGAUCCAUCGGGCUCCAGAGAUACUCUUCCAGCCCAGUAUGAUUGGAAGCACUGAAGCUGGAUUGGCAGAAACAAUUGACUUUGUUUUAAAGCUCUUUACGGCUGAAGAGCAAUUGCUUCUUGCCAACAAUGUAUACCUUACAGGAAGCUGUGCCAAGUAUCCGGGUCUCAAGGAACGCCUUUCGCGGGAACUACUGGAGAUGAGACCAUUUCAGACACCUCAUAAAAUCACAAUAGCCAAUAAUCCAACACUAGAUGCAUGGCUCGGUGCCAGGAGUUUCUGCCAACAGGAUAAUUUUAACACGACUAGUAUCACGAAGCAGGACUACGAGGAGUUUGGUGGGGAGUAUUUAAAAGAACAUGUGGCCAGCAAUAAAUAUUUCCCUACUCCAUCGGCUCCAGUCAUUGAAAUGAACGAAUAAAAUUACUGAUUCAUUUUUUUUUUCUUUAUUUCUUAUAUUUAUACAAUCUCUUUAUUGUAAGUUUUUAUUCUCCUUUCGCACAAAUUUCCUGUGUAUAAAAGAUGUAUCUUGUGAACUUUUUGUUUUCCAACUAGAAACAAAAUUAAAAAAAAAUAACAAUAAAAAUCGAAGAGGAAAUUUUUGUUCAGUUCUCAAAA